GAACGUGUACAACAGCUAGCUCGAAAUAUUCAGGUGUCGCAUCUGCGUUUUACCGCGCUGUUUCUCAUUCCUCGUUGAUAUUCGCUUUUUUAUUUUUUUCAUCGACUGAUAAACAGUUUUACGACGUUGUUAUCGUUUACAAUGAUCCUGUGUUCUACGUAAGAGGAAUACCAAGUUUCUUUUUUUUUUNUUUUUUUUUUUUUUUUGGUCAAAGGGAAUUUACGUAAGAGUGAAGAGCCUAGUUUUGAAACUAAACAUGCUACAGCGGUGAAAGCCGCGGUAUGAACGGGUACGAAUUGUACGCGAUCUUCCUCGGAAAGGAAGGAGGAAGACUGUUUAGGAAAUCUUGAGGUAAUCAUCGAAUCGACCACGAUGUCUCUCGGUCAACGUAUAUCUGGGGCCGUCGCGGUCCUCAGAGGCACUUCCGAGGUCAAAGAAGCCCAAACCUCAACCUCCGAUGAGAUCGAAAAGAUAACCACUGUGGAGGAAGAAAAAAUUUGCCACAAGGCGAUCACACCGCUCGACAGAUUGCAACGAGUGGUGGAUUGGUUCAGGGAGAACAUGCUUUUGGUCUUUACGAUCGCUGCAGUCUUGGUCGGUCUUAUUCUUGGAUUUCUUGGUCGAUUAGCCAAUCCCACGUCACAAUCCAUUACUCUUAUCAGUUUCCCCGGAGAACUUCUUAUGCGGCUUCUAAAGAUGUUCAUACUACCGCUCAUUGUCUCGUCGCUUAUCUCCGGAAUGGCACAAUUGGACCCUAAGGGUUCAGGAAGAAUGGGAUACAGAGCAUUGUUAUAUUACACCGUAACGACCAUUCUCGCGGCUAUAGUUGGGAUCGUAAUGGUAUUAAUAAUCCAUCCCGGUGAUCCUAGAAUUAAAUCUGUCAUAACCGCGCACAAGGCGGAUUAUACAAAAAUUUCUACGUUAGACGCUAUCCUCGAUAUAAUUAGAAACAUGGUGCCGGAAAAUUUGGUGCAGGCGUGCUUCCAACAGGCGCAAACUACUUACGUGACGAAGGAAGUUGCUGUAGGAAGUGAAAUUAAUCAAAUACAAGAGGCAACGUUAGUGUACAAGGAUGGGAUGAAUGUGAUGGGCAUGAUAGUGUUUUGCAUCACAUUUGGACUUGUUGCUGGACAAUUUGGCGCUCGAGGGAAAUUAAUCGUCGACUUCUUCAUGGCUUUGAACGAAAUAAUCAUGAAACUUGUCGGUAUUAUCAUCAUGUGGUACUCUCCGUUCGGAAUUAUGUGUCUGAUAGCUGGUAAAAUAAUGUCGAUUAACAAUUUGACGGCAACUGCUCAGAUGUUAGGGCUAUACAUGGUGACAGUUAUAUUGGGCUUAUUGUUUCACGCAUUAAUCACUCUGCCAACGAUAUUUUGGUUUUUAACUCGACAAAAUCCUGCCGUAUUUUUCAGAGGUAUGAUGCAAGCUUGGAUGACAGCGUUAGGAACAGCAUCGAGUGCCGCAACUUUACCUAUAACUUUUCGAUGCCUCGAAGAGAAUAAUAAAAUCGAUUCACGUGUAACACGAUUUGUAGUAGCAGUUGGAGCUACGGUAAAUAUGGAUGGAACUGCUCUUUACGAAGCGGUUGCCGCGAUUUUUAUCGCACAAAUGAAUGGAAUUUCGUUAGGAAUAGGUGAAGUUAUAACGGUCAGUUUCACAGCUACCUUGGCAAGUAUAGGUGCAGCAAGUAUUCCCAGCGCGGCUUUGAUUACGAUGUUAAUAGUGCUUACAGCUUUGGGUUUACCAACGAACGAUAUUUCUUUGUUGUUUGCAGUCGACUGGAUGUUGGAUCGAAUCAGGACCUCGAUCAAUGUUUUGGGCGAUGGAUACGGGGCUGGAAUAGUUUAUCAUUUGAGCAAAGCUGAAUUGGAUAAAAUGGAUCAAGAAAAAAAAUUAGAGGGUCUUGAAAUGGGGACACCCCUUGAAAAUGUUUUGGAGAGCUGUCAGCAAGAUGAUACACUUGCUCCGCAGGAAAGUUCCGAAACAAAGAUUUAAUUCGCAAGAAUAUUGACUUUAUUUUGUGCGCUUUCUUUAAUUUCUCGAACGGUAACAUAAAAU